AUAAAAAAAUAUAUAUAUAGUGAAUUGGUGAUACGGUUACUGUGUUUAAACACGAUGACUAAAUUACUAGAUUAUUAUGUUUACCUUAAAAAUACAAACAUGGCUCUCUAAUCUUCAUCGUGACGCUUGUGUGGCAAAAAGAGGACUAUAUCUGUAAAUAUAAUUUUAUAAGCCCUUUUGUAAAAAAAAAUAAAUUUUGUAGGGGCCGUGCCGAAAAAAACCCUUAUCCUCAUAAUCCAUCAACGUACGCACUGGCGCCGAGUCAACGAACGAGCUACUAAAACGCCCGAACACUUAUUUCUAUGCGGGAACGACAUCCACCGUCCAUUUCCCCUCAGAAACCAUCUCGACUCUCGUUCCCAUUCUCCCGCGCACAAAAACUCCUAUGCGUGAACUAUAUAUAUAUACGGACGAAUCCAUUUCCCCUCUCCUUCUCCUCUUCCUCCUCCCCAAUUCCCCCUACCAAAUUAAAUCCCCAACAAUUACGAUCCAAAAUUCGUUGUUUUCUUCGAAUUAAUCACUAUUUUGAUCGUGUUUUUGGCGAAUAUCGGAACGUUUGCGUAGCUUUUUGGGCCGAAUUUGGGGAGAUUGAGCUUGCGAUUAGGUUUUAGGAUUAGGGUUUGAUUGGGGAUGGGGGUGGAUUACUACGACGUGUUAAGCGUGGAUCGGAGCGCGUCGGAUGAGGAUUUGAAGAGGGCGUAUCGGAGAUUGGCGAUGCGGUGGCACCCCGACAAGAAUCCCGGCGACAAGAAGGAGGCCGAGGCCAAGUUCAAGCAAAUCUCCGAAGCCUACGAGGUUCUGAGUGAUCCUCAGAAGCGGUCGGUUUACGAUCAGUAUGGAGAAGAGGGUUUGAAGGGAAUGCCCCCUCCCGGCUCCGCUUCUGGCGGGGAUAUCCAUUUCAACCCUCGAAACGCUGAGGACAUUUUCGCAGAGUUUUUCGGGAGCAGCCCCUUCGGGUUCGGAUCCAUGCGGGCGAAGUCCAUGAGGUACCAACCGGACAGCAAUGGCUUUUUUGGGGGCUUCGGGGGAGGCGAGAGCGUGUUUCGGUCGUACAGCGAGGGGGUCGGAGGGGCUGCCGCAGGCGGCCAGUUGCGGAAAGCACCGGCGGUCGAGAGUAAGCUGGCGUGCAGCCUCGAAGAGCUCUAUACUGGUUCGACGAGGAAGAUGAAGAUCUCAAGGAAUGUCGUAGAUGCCCAUGGGAGAAUGAGAACCGAGUCAGAGAUAUUAACCGUCGAAGUGAAGCCCGGGUGGAAAAAGGGCACAAAAAUCACUUUCCCGUGUAAGGGAAACGAGCAGGCGAACCAACUUCCCGCGGACCUAAUCUUCGUGAUCGACGAGAAACCCCACGAAAUAUACAAAAGGGACGGUAACGAUUUGGUGGUGAAUCAGAAAAUCCUACUAGUCGAAGCACUAACAGGAACGACAAUCGAUUUGUUGACACUCGACGGCCGCGAUUUAUCAAUCCCGGUGAACGAUGUAGUUUGCCCGGGAUACGAGCUUAUAGUUAGGGACGAGGGGAUGCCGAUAGUGAGGGAGCCUGGAAAGAAGGGGAACCUGAGGGUCAAGUUUGAUGUUCAGUUCCCGUCGAGAUUAACUUCCGAGCAAAAGGCGACUCUAAAGCGCGUUUUCGGAGGCUAAUUUGAUGAAGGAUGGUAAUUACUAAACCAUUUUUGAAGCUCGACAAAAUCUCAGAAAUUCAUUUCUUAGAGUUGCGAAUUGUAACUAUAAAUUUUUCGAUUUUACCAUGUAACAAUUGAUUACACUGUGGAUGAUUCUUUCACAUGAAUAGCGAUUUUUGUGUAAAAAAAAUUGCACUGCCA